CACAAUGGUUUUUAGUAUAGAAGUAAUAUGUUUUAUAUUAGCGAGUUUAUUAUUUUUGUAUUAUUAUCUCAAUCGGACAUUUGAUUAUUGGAAAAUCCGAGGUGUAAAAGGACCAAAUCCCACAAUAAUUUUUGGUACUAUAAAAGAUGUGAUUUUUACUAAAAUAUCCUUAAGUAUAUAUCUCAAGAAUUUGUAUAAUAAAUAUAAGGACGACCAAAUGUUCGGUAUUUUUGAAAAGGAUAUACCAUCAUUAGUUCUAUGCAAUCCCGAUCUUAUAAAAGAUGUGAUUAUUAAGGACUUUUCCAUAUUUCCUGAACGACCGGUCUUCUGUAACGAAAAAUGCGAACCCAUGACGGGCCACCUCUUCAGGAUAGGAGCAGCUAAAUGGCGACCGUUAAGAACAAAGUUAACGCAAGUCUUUACAAGCGGAAAGUUGAAGAACAUGUUUCACUUGUUACUCGAGUGUGGCGAACAUUUCGAGAAGCAUUUAAAGUGUAUUGUUAAAAAAAACGAGCCAAUAGAGUGUCGAGAUCUUAUGGCCAGAUAUACCACUGAUGUCAUUGGUUCUUGUGCUUUCGGUCUUAAUAUUAACGCUAUCAACGAUGAUAACAAUGAAUUUCGUCAAAUGGGAAAGAGGAUUUUCCGCAAUGAUUUGAAAACUUAUGUCAAAGAAUUAGUUAGAAACACUCCGUGGCUUUACAAUAUUAUUGGCCGACUAUUAGUUGAUAUAGACGUAGAAAAAUUUUUCAUACGGAUUACCACGGAGAUGAUAGAUUAUAGAAAAAGAAAUAAUAUUCGUAGACAUGAUUUUAUGGAUGUUUUGACGAAUCUAAAGGAUCUGCAAAGACUCGGGGAUCUUGAACUCACUGAUGGUAUUCUUGCUGCCCAAGCUAUAGUAUUCUUUGCUGCUGGAUUUGAGACAUCUUCGGCUACGUUAUGCAAUGCCAUGUACGAAUUGGCAAUGAAUCAUACAAUACAAACGAAACUUCGAAAAGAGAUCAAAGAAGUGCUUGAAUCGAACGAUGGAAAGAUUACUUACGAUUGUUUAAAGGAAAUGAAAUAUUUGCAUGCUGUUAUAGAAGAAACUUUAAGGAUAUACCCACCAGUGAUGUAUCUCGUUAGAGGCUCAUUAAAGGAUUAUACGUUUAACGGUACUAACGUUACGAUCUCGAAAGGUACAAAAGUUUUCAUACCGAUUUACGGAAUCCAACAUGAUCCAGACAUUUAUCCCGAUCCCGAAGUUUUCGAUCCUGACAGAUUUACGGACGAAGUUACGAAAUCAAGACAUCCCAUGCAUUUCCUACCAUUCGGAGAUGGUCCUAGAAAUUGUAUUGGUCUACGUUUUGCGUAUCUUCAAAUGAAAAUAGGUCUGAUCACAGUUCUUAACAAUUAUGUAAUUGACGUUUGCGAGAAAACACCAAUGCGACCGUAUCCUUUGAAUAUGCAGGAUGCAAUGAUGCUCCAACCAACAUGUGGUAUCUACGUUAAAUUAUCACCUAUUACCGCAUCCUGAUGUAUUAUGCACAGAAUUAUACCAUCAUUUGUGAUUAAUAAUACUCUUACACUCUUAUAGUAAACAUUGAUAUUAAAUGCGAAAUUAUCACUAUGAAGCAGAUUAUAAUGAUAUUUAUAAUUGUAAUCAUACAGAAUCAUAAUCGACCUUAAUUGUAUAUGUGUGUUAUAAAAUUCUUAUUUUGUCAAUUUAUCGAUGACAAUCUACGUAAUAAACAA